GUGGCACAAUUGGUCUUGAUCACAAUGAUACUUGGACACCGUACACAAACGACUUGCGUGCUGAGCAUACAAAGAAGGUAAAUGUUUUUAUUAGUUCUCUAGCUACUAAUAUUAAAAGCAGUACUCGUCAUGAGAAAAUGCUUGCUUUUUUGGCUGAAAAUGGCUAGAAUUGGGGUGUUUGCAGAAAGAGUUCGACCAGAUUCACUGCAUUGUGAAAUGAAUGCAUGGCAGCAUUUAUUAGAUUUAAAUUACUGCGAAUGUGUGAAGCGUAACAUUUUCCAGCAGUUCAUUAAAAUAUUAUCAGCUCCUGUUGGUCUUGAACAUAGUAAUCAUUUGGAAACUUUGGAUCAGAUUACAAACCCAGCUGAUUUAAAUAAUUCUAUGUCAGAAGACACAUUAACUUUGUCUGAGAUUGCUAUACCAGAGCAUAUAAAGUAAGGCUGCCAAAGUGUAUGGAUGCGGUCUGGCAUACUUAGAGCAUGUAAAAUUAAGGAGCAUUACAGUGUCGAAGCUAAAAGGUCAAACAAAUUGCCAACUUGAUUGAUAGGUAGUCAAGCUGCGAGUCUUUCUAGGCAUGGCUACAGACUUGUUGAUGCCUUGCAAUAUGAUGAAGAAAGGCCUUUAGAGAAUACCAAACGAUUGGCACUUUCAAAAGCAGUGGAAUAUUUAUGCCAGCAGAUUGUUUAACAAAAUUAAUUUAAGUUCCAUUGGAGAAGUUGAUCAACUGACCGAAUUUUGUCAGCUUUAUUUUAAUAUUCUUGUUCUUUUUUUCCCCACAAGUAUUAAAGUUACUGUCUGGACAGUGGGGUAUGCCAUACCUUAUCAUGCCAGAAAAUUGUAUGAAGAAUACCAUGUUGGUUAUGGUAUUUUGUCACUUCAAGCGAAGGAAUCAAACAUGCUGGUAUUAAAGGUGAUCUUUCUUUAACCAACAGGUCAAAUAAAAGUAGCACUAAUGGCAAGUGGUGGGCAAGUUUUGCACUCAAAUUAUGUUAGGUCAUUCUAUCUUCCUGAACACCAACCUGCACCUCCAUUAUAUAUUUCUCAUUUUAAGUCACAUACACCACCACACUGCAGCAGGGUCGAUUAUUGUGCUUGUGGAAGAACUAAAUUAGAUAUUGUGGACGAGUAGUGUGGGUAAUGGCAAGUGGUGGCAAGUUUUGCACUCAAAUUAUGUUAGGUCAUUCUAUCUUCCUGAACACCAACCUGCACCUCCAUCAUAUAUUUCUCAUUUUAAGUCACGUACACCACCACACUGCAGCAGGGUCGAUUAUUGUGCUUGUGGAAGAACUAAAUUAGAUAUUGUGGAUGAGCAGUGUGGGGUUUGUAAAGCUGCUAAAACUAUUGUAAUUAAAUGUGCUAAAGAGAAGAAGUUAUUUGAUGAAGUUAUUUUCUUAUUUAAGCCAAUCAUUUGCAGUAAAUGCAAUGAACGCUUUUCUGAUGUGACCAAUUUGAAAGCACCAACUGAUAUUGUCCAUCGCUCUCAGACUCUUGCUACUGAGAGCACUAGACCUUCUCACUCACUUAUAAAGACUCAAUUAAAAAGUAUGAGUGUUACAGAGUUGAAGGCGGCCCUGAGGGAAAAAGGCCUAUCCACCUCCGGUAACAAGGAAAUUUUAGUUCGAAGGCUGGAAAGUGUACUGCCAAAUGCAAAGUAA